UGCACUGUCCAGCACAGCUGGGAUUUCAACACGGACAGAUAGCGCAAUGAAGAGCAGCGCCGACCCGUCAUCAUGUGCACCGGGCUUCCGAGGACUGCCUGUCCGCUGCGACUUAUUGCCCUCUGCAUCCUUCUCUCCCACGCAGCAGCCUAUUUCGGGCUUACAGGUCGCGAGCCUCUGGUUUUUCUGCCCGGUCCAUUUGCCAACGAGCCUCCAAACGGUAAAGCGCACCUGAAGCAAUGCGAGCAGAUGACUCUGACGCGCCGGCAAAAGCGCCUGUGCCGUCGGGAACCAGGGCUGGCGGAGACUCUGCGAGAAUCGGUCCGCCUCAGCCUCCUCGAGUGCCGCUACCAGUUCCGCAACGAGCGCUGGAAUUGUAGUAUGGAUGGCCGAGGAAGUCUUUUAAAGCGAGGUUUUAAAGAGACGGCCUUCCUGCUUGCUGUGUCAUCUGCAGCAUUGUCUCAUGCGCUUGCCAAAGCAUGCAGCUCUGGGCGCAUGGAGCGCUGCACCUGUGAUGACUCCCCUGGUCUGCAGCACCGUGAGGCCUGGCAGUGGGGCGUGUGUGGGGACAAUCUGAAAUACAGCACCAAGUUUCUCAAGAAGUUUUUAGGGCAAAAAAGGGUCAGCAAGGACCUGCGUGCCCAGAUUGACGCACACAACAUUAAUGUUGGAAUCCGGGCGGUGAAAAGUGGACUUAAGACUACUUGUAAGUGUCAUGGUGUUUCCGGUUCAUGUGCUGUAAGGACGUGCUGGAAGCAGCUCUCCCCGUUUCAAGACACAGGUCAUCUGCUGAAGUACCGCUAUGACACAGCUGCCAGAGUGCACAGCGUUACCAACUCUGCCACUGGGGAAACAGAGCUGGCAGGCCCUCGCCGCCACAGCAACACAGUUCCCCGACCCCGACCCACUGAACUGGUGUUUCUGGAGGAAUCGCCCAGCUUCUGCAGGCCAUCCCGCUUCUCGCCUGGGACUGCAGGCAGACCGUGCUCCAAGGACACAAGCUGCAGCAGUCUGUGCUGUGGACGGGGUUACAACACGGCCCUUCGCCUCACCACACUCUCCUGUCACUGUCAGGUCCGCUGGUGCUGUCACGUUGAAUGUCAAACCUGUCUCAGAGAGGAGGAGGUCUAUACCUGCAAGAAACACUGAUUGACCUUGCAAGACACAGACUGAGAGAGGAAGUAGACAGAGAGAAAUGAGCGGGAAAUGGGGAGUGCUGGUAAUUGAGAAUGCAUCCACUAGUCAACUAGAUGAAUUUGGAGGGGUUUGGAGGUUGUUGAGGAUGAUUUGCCAGCCUAAUCUGAUAAAGAUGAGAUGGCUCAAUGGCCGAGUGUCACAUUCUCAAACUCUGGACUCCAACACGGAGCAGAUGCUUGACAGGAGACCAUGUUCAUUAAGUUUGAGCAGUCAGUGCUUGAACAAAGCUGCUUAUCUCUGUCUCUCCUUCAACGUCUACCAGCCAAGAAAGUCUUAGGUGGUGCUUGAGCCAAGACCUGAGCCUCGAAUCUCCAUCAUAGACAGCAAAAAAAAAUACGUAUACCUCCUCCUUCUCAUUAAAGCGUAUAUGAAACUCUUGCAACAAGUGUGGCCGAACUUGGACAUGGGGCCCAAAGCGCGCUUGAGAUUGAUCUUCUGUUGUCAAAGAAAGAAAAUAGGACAUUCCUUAUGUAUAUUUCCCAGCUUCUCAUAAGAGAUGGAAGUUUGAACCGAAACACAUUAUCGAUUUUUACCAAUCUCAUGAUGAAGGUUGACUUUUGAACAGUCUGUAUUGAACGCACACCCCUAUGGCAAUAGACUAGCAAGCUGCGAUGUUUAAUUAUACUGAAAGUAAUAUUCUGAAAGUGAGCACUUUUUAAUGCUCACUUGCAUUUCUCUACCUGCCUAUACUGUAUAUCUCUCUAUUGCUCUGAGAGUCCACAUAUGGCUUCAAAAUAUACUGAGAGUAUGAAGCACUUAAUGCAUUUAUUUGUGAAUAGUCUUAUAUUUGUGAGGAAGAAAGUACUUGCAUCUGUUAUGGUAUUCUAAGUUAUCAUGCUUAACAUAGGUAUAUUAAUGGAAGAGGGGGAGGUAUGCUGAUAAACUGGAAAUCUACUGGAACACAGUGUGCUUUUAUAGACUUCUAAUGAAUGUUGGAGCAAGUUAUAUAAUCUAAAUGUUAUGUUUAUAUCUUUUAAUGGCCAUUAAAUGGCUGUAUGUGAUAUUAGAUAGGAAUGUAUUUAUUGCAAUUAGACAAAACUGAUCAAAUGCUGCACCAAUUUCAAGUACACUAGCUAGUGCAUUCCUGACUGCAUUCAUAAUAUUAUACUUUUUUUGUUUCAUUUGCCACGAUGCUGCAGGAUGUUCCACUUGAUAUGCAGUAGUUUGUCAAAAACAAAAGCAUUAGGGACCAUUACAGCAUGACCCUAAAAUAACCUCUCUCUACAGCUGUGUAUAGUAUGUGCAAACAUCUGGGCUUCUGAGUGUGUAGUCUCUAUUCUUCACUUUCCCAUCAAGGGCAAUGUGAAUGAAUAUGUCGCAUCCAGAACAAAGGAAAACAUCUCCUUUCCUAGUCACAAAGGCUUUCUGCCUUAUAAAGUCUUUCAUGUGUGUAAAGCCUUUGAUAAAGUCCAUUCCAGUCUCUUAUUAGCCCAUUACCAAUCAGAGAAAAUAACAGUGCUUUUUUGCCAGGAUGUGCCAGAGUUGAAAGUUUUCUGAAUGCCUAAGUGAACGCCUUUGUUUCAGAGACUUACAUGGUCUAAAUCCCUUGUAAGAAACAACAAAAAAUAUUAUUACUUUUAUUAUGAUUGUUCCACAAAUACAUUUUAUUUUGUUUAAUUAGUCUGAUAUUUUGUUUGUUGCUGUCUCUUUGUUAUUUAUUUUGUAGAAUUUUUUUUGUAGUUUUCUGUUUAAUCUUUGUUUAGUUUGUUUUGUAGUUUUGAGUAGUUGUUUGUUUGUAGUCCAUAGUUUUUUUUGUUUGUUGUUUUCAACUUAGUUCUUGUUUUGUUUAUUUUGUAGUCCGCAGUUUUUGUUUGUUUUCAACUAGUUCUUGUUUUGCUUGUCUUGUUGUCCAGUUUGUUUGUUUGUUGUUUUUUAACUUAGUUCUUGUUUUGUUUGUUUUGUAGUCCAGUUUGUUUGUUUGUUUGUUGUUUUUUUAACUUAGUUCUUGUUUUGUUUGUUUUGUAGUCCAGUUUGUUUGUUUGUUGUUUUUUUAACUUAGUUCUUGUUUUGUUUGUUUUGUAGUCUAUAGUUUUUGUUUGUUUGUUGAUUUCAACUUAGUUCUUGUUUUGUUUGUUUUGUAGUCCAUAGGUUUUUUUGUUUGUUGUUUUCAACUUAUUGUUUUGUAGUACAUAGUUUUUGUUUGUUUUCAACUUGUUCUUGUUUUGCUCGUCUUGUAGUCCAGUUUGUUUGUUUGUUGUUUUUUAACUUAGUUCUUGUUUUGUUUGUUCAGUAGUCCAGUUUGUUUGUUUGUUGAUUUCAACUUAGUUCUUGUUUUGUUUGUUUUGUAAUCCAGUUUAUUUGUUUGUUUUUUUUCAACUUAGUUCUUGUUUUGUUUGUUUUGUAGUCCAUAGGUUUUUUUGUUUGUUGUUUUCAACUUAGUUCUUGUUUUGUUUGUUUUGCAGUUCUUACAUUUGUUUUGAAAAGAAAGAGACCGAGUCAUGAAAAAGACCAAACGCGAAUAAAAAUAAUAUAGCUUAGAAUAAAUAAUCAGCUUAGUAUAAGUUAAUUAAGGGCACGUUUAAACUUGAAACACAAGUAUUACAUAAUAUUUGAUAAAAAACAAAACAAAACAUGCAUUUCUUCACUUAUCAACUAAAAUACAAAUGUAAAGUUUCAGAAUGUGAGCGUGUACGUGCCUACUUGUUCAUGUGUGUGUGUGUGUGUGUGUGUCUCUUUGUGUGUGUGGUGUUUCUGGGAAGGAAGAAAACUGCAGUAAAAUUGGCCACAUCAAUCAAGUGGAAGAAAGUCCAAGCAUUCAGUGAAAUGCCAUUCAGCUGAAGCAUUUAUAAUGUGUAAAACGUUUGGUGCAAGAGGGUUUCACUCCGACUAACUGAAACUCUUUCAUCUGUAAUCGAUUCAGUUUCUACGAAAGAGAUUUUAGCUAAAGAAAGAGAGUUCCGUCAUUGAGUAAGCAUAUGCAAAUAUCCAAAACCCAAACAGUGGCUGUGAAAAAACAAAUGAGAUCCUUCCCUACUUUUGAGUGUGUGAUAUGUGAGUGAAUAUGAGUGUAUUUCGCCUGUGUUUGUUUGCUGCAAUUGUUCAAAUGGUAACAUUUAUAGCAUAGACACCCACAAUGAACCCUCUGUCAACCUGCAGGGUUAUGUGUUUGUUUGUGUUGUCAUAGCUUUAACAGUGUAAUGUUUCACUUUGCGAUUUCACGCCGGGGAUUUUUUCUACUACCUCACCCGGUCAAUUAUGGAUGUUAAGAUGUGUUUUAACUCCCUUAGUGCAUAUUUAAGACAAUACUUUUUCUUUUUAAAGCUUUACCCAGAAAUACAGAUGCAUUUACUCUUUUUUAUUGUACUUUUGUGACCUAUUUUCUUAUUUAAAAACAAUUUAUCAUUCAAAUAAAA